AUGACGGCAUCACCAUCAUCCUUUGCCAGUCGCAGCUCGGUACGGUCAUAUUUCGGCAAACAUACCCCACAACAAGGCGGCCAGUACUCCGUUCGAUUAUUUUACCUCGAAGCUCGCAAAACAGACUUCAAAGACGGACUCCACCAGCAGCCAUUGUACCAGCUGAACCAUCUUCCCAUCCCAACGUAUGCGGUGUGGAAUAUCGACAGGUUUCUUGCCAGGGUGGCGAGAUUGUGCUGCUUCUCUCAAACCAUGAACAAUACGGGACCUGAAACGAAGGAGGGAUGGUAG